AUGGACGAUGAGUAUUCCUACGAUGAGUCGGAGUACGACGAAUCGUUGGACACGAACGACGUCUAUUAUUCGUCCGACGAGAACGAGGCUGAUCGAGACGACUCGGAUGCGUCGAGUGACGACGCGUCAUCGUCGCAUUCGGAGAACAUUCGCUCGUCGACUCCCGACAACGAACGCGGCAUCGACGAUCGCUCGAGUUCGAAUAACGAGAAAUGCUGCAACGAGGACAACGACGAGAACCGUUCAUCCGACGAACGCGGCAUCGACGAUCGUUCCUGUUCGAAUAACGAGGGGUGCUUGCAACGAGGAUGA